AUGCAAUAUGACGGCCGGUAGUGUUUUUGUAGGGCUUGUUAUCCCAUGUCUUUUGCUAUGGUCUACUUCAGCUUUUGAUUCAGCUAGCACUGAUUUCCGACGAGGUGAUUUUGAGAUUAUUAAAGAGGACAAAAUACUAGUCGGAAAAUCAAAAUUGGAGGAAUUCAUGGCGAACGCAAGAAGAAGCGAUUGCUGGAAGAAAGCCGUGGCAGGAAUGGAGAAACGAUGCAAGAAUAUCGGAGAUAUAGAGCAAAGUUAUCUCGCUAUUGAGUUCACAAAUUGUCAUCUGUCUAAGUCGGGGAGAAAGCUGUAUUCGUGUUCAAGAGACACUCAAUCGAUUGAAGAAUGCACUGGCAAAAUGGACGAUACCACGUAUCUUGCUUACACGACAUUUUUCACUCACACGGCAAAUAUUUGUUUCUACGUGAAAAGCGAGCUUUGGCAGCAAAGAACGGAAGAUACGAUCUCAAGACUAUCAAGGACUUCUCAGGAUGUCGCGGCUCAAUUAGAGGAUUCUUCUCAAAAGCAACGUUUGGUCCUGGAGAAUCAGAACACCUCGCUGAAAAAUCAGAAGAAAAUAAUCUCAAAUGAAAUCCAUUUAGCAGAAACGCUGAGAAACUCUACACUGAACGCCAAAAAAGCUUUUGAAGACAUGAAGCAAAACGCUGUAGAACAGAAGAAAAUCUUUAGUGAAACCUUUGACAGUGUCUUCAAAAGUGUCGAGAGAAUUCAAAAGCUUCAGUCAAUGAUUCUUGGGGAGUUUAUUAGUUUGCAGUCUGUAGCAUUUUAUGUUGCUGCUGUUUGUACUUGCUAUUUCUUGUCCAGCACACCACGAACUGCAGGAGCAAGACUUCCACUUUUCAUUGCAUUGCUUGUGCUCAUUUUUCUUGAGCGCUUGGUGGCAUCUUGGGGAGUGACAGAUACCCAGACAUCGCACACAACGGUAAAUAUCUUUACCAGGAUACAAUAUAUUGUAUGGAGUGUAUCUUAAGCGGGGGAGGGGUACUCUGUGAUUUGAAAAUGACGGGGAUUCUUGUUGUCUCACUUAGACUUAAAAUUGCAGAUUUUGGUCUCACGUAGCAGUGGCAGAUGCAGACCUUCAGAUAAGUGGGGUGGGGGGCGGUCAUCCAGACCUGAGAUAUGGGGGGUGUCUCCAAAAAAAUUUUCUUCGCCCCUUCAGGCCUUAGUUUGAUCUAAAAAUAAGGGAGGCCCCCUCCCCUGGAUCCACCACUGCUUAGAGUGAUCUGGGUAGAAAGCUAGUAUUGCUACCCACAAAGGUAUUACUUUGAAGUUGUGGUUUACAAAAUAUCUAUAAGUGAAAUGCAAAUGCUGUCAUGCUGUGUUGGAGUAUUGUCUCCUUUAGGGAUCCAUUUCUAAAUUCCUAAUGAGCAUCCCUGUCUCCUUUAUUUGGGAGUCCCCCCUGGGCAUAGUGUUUGUAACUCACAAGACACACUUGUUUUCCUACCAGAUGCUUUGCUAAUUUUCAUGAGUAGCACCUCAAAAAAUUAAUUUGUUAGUUAAAAAUGAAAGUUUACCAAAACAUCUCAGAGGCCGUCUCAGAGGUAAAAUAACAAGUAAAAAUGUACCUCCAGUCCUUAUAAAUCAGAGUAUGGCCUGUGCAAAGCAAAGUAUAGCCAGUUCUUUUGUGCCAACCUGAAUACUACUAAGAUAUGCAAGCUGGUUGAUUUGCCUAAAAGAACCAUGAUUAGCGAACCUAACGUGGUAUUUUUGUCUUCUUUAGGAAGCUAUUCAUGCAAGUCUUUGGGUCUGUAGGAAAUUGUUUAUCAUUGUAGGGGCUGCGAUGCUCAUUGUGGCAGGAUAUCAGUAUCAAGACUACAACAAAAUCAACUUCAACUUACUUCGCGAAAUGCAGAUUCAAAUAAGGGACAUGCAAAGAUGGCAGGAAAAGGUCAAUGGCUUGAAGGCUAUUGCAGCUGGAGAGUCAUCGAACCAGCUGCUUGGAAGGUAACACAAGGUUUAAACAAUAACAGCACAAAUUUUCUUCAAAGCAUCACUUUUUGUAAAAACCCCUUUAAAAAAUCUGUAUUUUCCCAAACGAUGUCUGCUAAUUGAGGGUAGGAAGAUGGAGAGGGUUGCUUAAUUUGCUUUGUAUGGGAUUCACAGUGGUUCUUUUUUCCCAUUAAUUGCUGCCUAUCUUCAUGGCAAUGUGAGAAUUUACUUACAAGAUGGCAGUAUAUGUAUAACAGUAAUCUUUUAACAAUGUCUUAGUUUUGCUUUGCGUCAUUUUCCUCACUUAUAUGUGUUGUCCGUGACUGUGCUCACCCGGUGGGUGGCUCCUCCUAAAAUGUUCUGCAAUAAUAUAUCGCUAUAUAGGAUUUAAUGGAGCCGAAACCAAUUGUGGAAUUGCACGCAUUUUAGGCAUCCUACUGAUGAACAGUUGGGACACGUAGAUAUUUUUUUAGCAACUACUAUAAUUUGCAGUCUGUCUACUUUGAAUUGUACAGCUUAGUUUAAAGAAGAUUAGCCAUAGCUUUAUCGAGUUUGCAAAUAAUAUUUAUCAUUCAUUUGCUACACAGCCUAUCCCAACAAAGCAUUGCUUACCAAAGCUCAUAUCACAGCACAUCACAUGACACCCCAGAUGCCCCCUUAUCAUCACAAAACCUAGAUGAUGAUGAUGAUGAUGAUGAUGAUGAGUCAGAUCCUAGUUUUGUUCUCAAUGAUUUUGAACUCGAGAGUUUCUCGGAGGAAAGUAGUGAGGAGGAAGAUGAUGAGAUGACAAACGACAGGAAAAGUACCUCUGAACUACAAACACCUGUUACCAAGCGGAGAUCAAAAGGGACCCCAGGGACUGCAAAUUCAUCAACAUCCAGAAAAACAGGAAGCAAAGAGUGGGUAAGGCAGAAAAAGGAAAUGGUGGUUAAGGGAGCUAGUGUAAAACCUUAAGAAGUAAAUUUCCAUGAUCAUGAAUCAAAACUCGUGACUGGAAGGGCUCAAAAAAACACAUGAAUUCCAGCUUGUCCUUUGGGCAAAAAGCUCUCAAUUUCCUAGCUCGGGCCACUUCUUGCUUGUCUUAGCUAAUGAUUUUGGCUUGUCUGUACCCUUGCCCAUUGGGAAAGGGCACUUUAUAAGUUACCUGCCCAGCAAGAAAAUCUAAUUGUCCCAGACUAGGGGAUUGGACUUUUUUGAGCCCUGACUUAUUAUUUUUCUGCCACAGAUUCUGCACAUUGCAUACAACACAACCAUAAUUUGUGACUUUACCCAAGUGGUGUGCAUAAAAUUCAAAUUAAAACCUUUUUGUCAGCACGUUUGCAUGGUUCUAUUUGUUUUCACUACCUUAAAUAUUUUACAAAAAAAUUUUUUGGGAAAUUUAAUUUCUUAAACGCUAUUUAUUUUGAUGUUAGGUGCCUCAGUCAAGUCCAUCUCACCAAUACAACUUACGCUCCAGGAGAAACACCCCUUCUUCAGAUCUGCAGAGUGGCAGUUUCCUUGGUAACAUGCCAUCACCAUCCAAGCUGAAGGAACUGUUAUUAAAUGUACAGCAGAGGUCUACAAGACGCUACACUGCUGUUAUCCGUAAACCGAGAGAAAAUAGCUCUAAUGACACGCCUUUGUUUUCCUCGGAUGAAGAAUGUUAAAACCUUCAUAUUUUUAUGGCACUUUCUAAUAAUUUUUUGACACGUCAAUCCGGAUUUUGCAUUUUUGUUAAAUAGUAUUUUAUGCUGAUGUCAGCGAUCUUCAAUUUUCAUUGAUGAACAAUUUUUAGAAGCUUUCCACUCUGCUUUCUCUCUUGUUAUUGUUGC